GAAGUUGUCAAUCCCUUGGUUUGAAAAAUUUCAACUAUAUUUCGAAAUGAAUCUUUCAAAAAAAUAAAGUUUAACAUUGGUUUCAAUUCUUUGCUGAUUAUAAAAAUGAAUCUUUUUAGAGAAAAGUUACUCUCUAACCUUGAUAAAAAGGGAUGUGAUGAAAUUCGCCAACAAUUGCCCUUUCAAACGGACGAUGAAAUCGAGGAUAUACUUUUUCAACGAUACCGACAGGAUAUGGGCAAUAGUAAUGCAAACAUCAAACAUGUCGUAGAAAAAAGCAAAUUAACGGAAUCAUACCGCUUCAUACCACAAUUUCAUUUCGAACUGCCGAAAAACACCGAUAGUUUAGCUCAAAAACUUCGCGAAGAAGCUAGAACACUAUUUCUGCAAAAGCGUAGCAAAGAACUGUUAGAUAAUAACGAAUUGAAACUUUUGUGGAGUUUACUGGAGAAGCACCACUCGCCCCCGUUGAUGGGUGACGAACAGUACAUAAACUACGACAAUUAUUGCAAAGUGGCAGCUAUCGCCGGAGAAAAAUUCAAACGGUAUCUAACAGCGUCCACUUUUGCACGCCUGGUCGUUGCCAGCAGCUAUCCGGGGAAGAUCAGCGUUAUGUCCCUAUUCAAUUACGCCAUGCGAAAGGUUUGGCUACAGCAGACCAGGAUUGGUUUAUCACUGUACGAUUAUACUGGACAAGGCUAUCUAAACGAGUCGGACUUGGAGUCAUACAUUUUGGAACUAAUUCCAACGUUUCCUCAACUUGAGGGUUUAGAGAAAUCAUUCCACAGCUUUUACGUGUGCACCACAGUGCGGAAAUUUUUCUUCUUUCUGGAUCCGCUUCGAACAGGAAGAAUUCGAAUACGCGAUAUUCUGACAUGCAGUUUUUUAGAUGAUUUGUUGGAAUUGCGCGAUGAGGAAAUACCAAAAGAUGCGCAAGAGAUGAACUGGUUCUCAGCUCCUUCGGCACUCAGUGUAUACGGUCAUUAUUUAAACUUGGAUAAAGAUCACAACGGAAUGUUGAGCAAAAAGGAACUUAUCGGCUAUGGCUCGGGAACGCUCACUCCCAUCUUCUUAGAUCGAGUGUUCGCCGAAUGUCUCACCUACGAUGGGGAGAUGGAUUAUAAAACUUAUCUUGAUUUUGUGCUUGCCUUGGAAAACCGAUCAGAACCACAGAGUUUACAUUACCUAUUCCGAAUCUUGGAUGUAGAACACAAAGGUUACUUAACUGCAUUUACUUUGAAUUAUUUUUUCAAAGGAAUCCAGGACGAAAUCUCUGCUCAUCGAGCAGAGCCAGUCAACUUCGCCGACAUUAAGGAUGAGAUAUUCGACAUGGUGAAACCGGUGGAUCCAACGCGAAUAACGCUAAAGGAUUUGAUCAACAGUGGCCACGGGGAAACUGUGGUGUCCAUUCUGAUCGAAUUUCAUAAAUUUUGGGCCUAUGAAAACCGAGAGGUGAUGGUUACUGAUUCGACUGCUACCGAAGAGACGCACAACUUAUGAUACCUGGCUAGCGGUCGAAAGUUGGAGGAAGAGAAAUCUACUGCUUUUUGAACAAAAUGCAAUCUUUUUUAAAUAUAGCUUUUGAACAAACUA